AUGGCUCUGAAUGCCCAUCUCUCCAGCCUCUUGAUCCUAUUGGUGGCAGGCCUAGCCCCAGGCAUGAAGGACUCCCCCAGGGCCCAGGACCCAGGUCCCCGGCCACCAGUGCUAAAAGAAGUCUUCAAAUUGUUCCAGAUCCAGUUUAACAAGAAUUACUCGGAUCCAGCAGAGCAUGCUCGGCGCCUGGACAUCUUUGUCCAAAACUUGGCCAAGGCUCAGAUGCUGCAAGAGGAAGACUUGGGGACUGCUGAGUUUGGGGUGACUCCAUUCAGUGAUCUCACAGAGGAAGAGUUUGGCCAGCUCUAUGGGAAUUGGAGGGCAACCAGGAAGGACCUCAGGGUGGGCAGAAAAGAAAGGUUUGAAAAGCAGGAGUCGAUGCCCCCAAGCUGUGACUGGAGGAAGGCCCACAAUGUCCUCUCACCCGUCAAGCACCAGGGAAAGUGCAAUUGCUGUUGGGCCAUAGCGGCAGCAGGCAACAUUGAAGCUCUGUGGAACAUCAGAUUCAAACAGUCUGUGGAAGUAUCUGUGCAAGAGCUGCUUGACUGUGGCCGCUGUGGGGAUGGCUGCUUGGGUGGCUACGUCUGGGACGCAUUCAUAACUGUCCUCAACUACAGUGGUCUGGCCAGUGAAAAGGACUACCGUUUCCGGGGGCAUGCCAAAACCCACAGGUGCCUGGCACCGUUCUAUAAGAAGGUGGCCUGGAUCCAAGACUACAUCAUGCUGCCCCGCAAUGAAGACGCAAUGGCCAAGUACGUGGCCACACAGGGGCCCAUCACUGUGCUCAUCAACCCAACGCUAUUGCAGCAUUACCAGAAGGGUAUCAUCAAGAGCACGCCCUCCACCUGUGACCCCUGGCUUGCAAGCCAUUAUAUUCUGCUGGUGGGUUUUGGCAAAGAGGAGAAAGCGACAGAGAAAGAUUUGUUCCAGUCCAAUCAUCCUCCUCUCCAAUCCACCCCUUACUGGAUCCUGAAGAACUCUUGGGGGGCCCACUGGGGUGAGAAGGGCUACUUCCGGUUGCACCGAGGGAGCGAUACCUGCGGCAUCACCAGGUUCCCACUCACUGCCUGUGUAGGUGAUCCAGCUGAGAAGCAGAAAGUCUCCUGUCCUCCCUGA